CAGCAUUUCAAUAGAGCCCUCCAAGAUUUUCUAUAUAGUUAUGAUAACUUUAGUGCCGCCCCAAUCUUUAUUUAUUUCAUCUCGUCGAUUUCAAAGUCAGAAAUUUCUUGCUUCUCUUCUUCAUAAUCGACAGAGUAAUCAACGACUUCCUACCUUCAUCAGUCAUCGGUCCAUUUCUCUAUCGACCACCCACUCUUGCCAGAUUGAUCUCCUACAUAUCUAAAUACGUAGUUACGCUACUUCAAGGUACUCCUUUACUUGCAUUCGCUGCUACCCUUAUACUGACCACCUGCCCAACGCAAGAGCACUCAUUCAACACGCUUUCUCCGACUCAUAGACUCCAAGAUGAUUCCCGCCUUUCUCAUCAUCGCGAUGGCUGUAGUCUCGAUGGCCGUGAACCCCGGAUAUUUCCUGGGCAAUCUAUCCAGCAACUGCGAGCAUUUCGCCCUGGUCAUGCAGAACAACCACACUGGCCUCCGAGCACAGUGCCAAGGACAUGGUAACACCACACAGUGCAGCAUUCUAGACUUGAAUGACUGCUUCGGAUACAUUACAGCCAACCAUGGUUUCGAUCCUGUGGACCAUGGCGGUUUCAACAGGUACAUGCAUCCUAAGACCUGCCGACUGGAGAGCGAUUUGCGACUGGACUGCCAACUCUUAAGUGACAUUCAUCGUCGUAUCUUCGCGGACCUGAAUCGUGGGGUUGUCAAUGAUGAAGGAUGGCUCAAGUGCUUCGAGAACAAGGCUGUGGCGCCUCCGGACUGUGCAACCCGCCCCGCGUUUAGUGAUGGUGGCCACCUUUCUGGAACCAGAUCCCUGGUUGCGUCUUUUGGCAUGGUCGGUGCUUUUGUCGCUUUCGUGAUGGGCUUCCUCUUAUGCCAGUAA